GUAAAACGUUGCAAUUACACAGGCACACACACGGUUGAAGGUAAAGCGAACGACGACUGCAACCUCCAUCCAAUUUCGUCCUAUCACCUAUUCACCUACACAAUGUCUGCCUACCCUGCAUACACCAUGGGCGGUCUCUGCGUCGUCGGCGGCAUCACUGGGUAUGCAAAAUCUCGUUCGGUGCCUUCACUCGUUGCUGGUGUUGGCGUUGGUCUCUUGUUCCUGUGGAGUGCAGAUGCCAUCAGGAAAGGCUCGCCAAAUGGGUUGGAGGGCGCUUUGGUCCCUCUAGGUGCCUCAGCACUGCUUCUUCUCUCAUCUCUUCCUCGCAUUGCCAAGGGCCCGGUGCCCAUUGUUCUCGCUGCAACGAGCAGUGCUGCGGGUGUAUACUAUGGAACAAAAGUGUACAACUUGCGCAACCACUGAAAUUGUACUACAGAUGUAUAUUGGUCUACCACUCAAUCACAUUUCCUCAGUCCAUACCUGGUAUUCAAAAUGCUCAACUUUGAAAUUAUAAUAUAGUCACGACCCAGUUCUCAUGAAAGACGCCAUAGUAUUCAAUAACAGCAAGUGACCUGCCUA